AUGGGGAGCGACGACAAGACCGUAGCUAAGCCUGCCGAGGAAGAAAUCACUGGUCAGAAACGAAAGGCGCCCGGAGACGCAAAAAUUACGUCAUUUUUCAAGACUGGAAGCGAAGGAAAGGACGAAGCCACGACGGACGUGAGCAACAAAAAGACUGAGAAGAAGGAGGAACGGGACGACGAGGACGAGGUUGAAGACGAGGAGGACGAGGACGCUGAGGAACAAGAUGAUGAUGAUGAUGACGACGACGACGAUGACGACGAUGACGACAGUGAAGAGGAGGAGGACAUGGCUCCUCGACCGAAAAAGCGGCGAACGCGAGACAGCGACGACAGUGGCGACAGUGGGGAUGAGUCCGAGCCGGAGCUCAAGAUGACCGAGGACGACCUCGUGGGUGUCGACACGACGAACAUCAUCCCGCGUUCUCGACGCCGUGCGGCUGUUGCUGCGAUGGCACUGGCGUCAGAGGAACUGGCGGCGGCUACGGGUGUGGCACCUGCUGCGGCGACGGCGGCUAACGAUCGUGAUGACGACGACGAUGGCGAAUCUAGCGACGAAGCCGAGUUUUAG